GGUGUCGAUUGUAGGUUAGGAUAAGUUGUGUUUUGAAGAAGGCGGGUGUCAUUUGCUCUCUCUGCCGUGGAAAGAUUUAAUGGAGGAUGGAAUUCAGAUUUUAGUAGCAAAUUCGAUUGCAGUAUGUAGCGUGUAGAAGACCAGCGGCGACCUAGAAGGUUCUCAUGGACAACGGUGAAGGCAAAUUCCAUCUCCUGAUAAGGCAGAGGAGACCUGAGGGCUCUCACACAGCAUGGAUCUUCAAGAAGGGACUCUUGGAUGUUGAUGGCAACCAAGCAUUUGCACUUGGAGAUUCUUGAAUUCAUCCCUGAAAAUAAACAUUAAAACAUGGACAGGAUCCAAAGCUGUCAGAAAAAUCCUAGAGGACCAGUGAAAAAGACCUUCAACGAAUCUUCCCUCUCUCCUAUGACGCCGUUGUUACAAAGUCAAAAACCGUUGUGUAUCAUAUCAACACAAGAUCUGUCCAAAAAAGAUGAACGUUUCAACGAGGUCACGUUUCUCUGUUUUGCUAAUGACACUGCUAUUCCAACUAAGGAACUGGCCACUGUCUCUGUGGGCCUUCCAGAUGUUCUGAAAUCAGGCCACUGGUGCAGCUUGCAUGAUCAGGAAGCUCUUUUGCUAAAGGAUAUUUAUAAACCGGCAGAGACAAGUGACAACUUCAGACAAAAGAAUUGCAUUUCACGAGUGCUGUGUGUGAUGAGAUUGUCUUCUUCGUUUCCAAGGCUGAGAGGGGACGCUGUAUUUACUCUGCUGAGCAAGUACACUGCCGCGAUAAGAUGCAGUGAGGAGAUGCACUCAUUGCAAAAACAGGCGCUGGACUCAACCCACACCGAGAACGAUGACACGAAUCAAUCCGUGUCCUCCAUCGAAGACGAUUUCGUGACUGCUUUAGAACACUUAGAGGAAGAUGAGCCGGCAAAAAUGAUCCAUAUCGAACCUGAGAAGAGGCAAGAGUCUUCUCCAAAGUCCACCUUUGCACAUCCUCUCAAAUCUAAUGAUCAAAAGUCCUUCAUCAGUUCUUUGUAUCGGAGGCCAUCGGUCAAAUCCGCCAUCUCCUUGGUGAACAUCUUAGAACUUGAAGAAUUGUCAUCUUCCAUAAGAAAUUCGGUCUCCACUUCCGUUUCUGAUCCUUGGAUACAGAGAAGCUUUUUCAGGUCCCACAGUUCUUCGGAUCGCGGGGUUAAUUUUUUGCACAAAACCUUAUUUUCUUCCUCUCCGGCUGAUUCGUCUGAGUCAGACUGUUCUAGUCCAAGCCCUGUCAUAUUCUUGGAUGAAGAAGGGUAUCAAAAAAGUUUGAAGGCAAAGCUUCAGCUGCCGAAAAUACCAGUAGGGAAAGAUGGAGUAGAAGAUUCCGAUUCGGAAGUCAGCGAGUUUUUUGAUAGUUUUGACCAAUUUGAUGAACAUGAACAAACUUUGGGAGAUAGUUCUAAAGGUUCUAGAGAUCCCAUCACUGUAAUUCAUACGUCGCAGAAAAGCAUCGUUUCGUGUCAGAAGUCCUGCUCCACCUCAAUAUCAAUGAAUCCUCAAAAAUUUAAGUGUGAUCGCCCGGUUCUUCCAGCCAACAUAAGGAAGCCAACUCCUCGCAAACCAGAAUCUCCAUACAACAAUCUGUUGGAUGUCCCAGAUUCCCCCCGCCUGAUCAAAAACCCAACCGAUGAUCACGCAGCCUUGUUCAGCCCAAUCAGAUCUUCUGCUUUCAGUCCGCUGGGCAGUUGCUUUUCCACAGAAUGUCUCUGUCGAAUGAAUCGAGAUGCCUUCACCCAGAACCACAAUAUCGUCUAUCACACCUACUCAGAUUUUGCAAAUAACAUUUCUUUCGAAAUUCUGGGUUCUGUGUGUAAUGCUAGGCCACCCUCGUUGUGUAGAUGCACACAGGAGAUUAUCAGCCAGGGUAGAAUCAUUCCAGUAGAAGAGAAAGACCGGACGGCAAAAAUCCAAAGAGACAUAUCUAGAAAAGGACUUCAUAAGAAAGAUAAAUCCAAACACAAGUCGGGAGUGAUUAAAGAUCAUAUCCAGAAAUUUGCUUCGGAGCUGGUGGAAACAAGUUUUGGGAGUGCGUUUAAAGAUCUCCAGAAGGGUGUUUCUUCGUGUACUAAUGCGUUGUGUCAGUUGGCUGCUAAAUUGACUUCUUCGGUCUUCCAGAUGGCCUUCUACGAGAUUGGGAGGCAGCAGGCUCUUCUGCUGAAGAAGAAAGCCAUUAAUGGUUUAGCAGGGUUUUUGGUGAGCGAAGCCGUCACCGGAGCUUUGAAAGAACUGUACUCCGUGAAGCAACAAAUGUUUACCAACACCGUUACCAAAUUUGCAGCAAACCUUGCCGAGGAGCUGAUAUUUGAGGGGAUAAUGGAAGUUUGUCAGUUUUCACAUCCGCCAACGCCCACGGCAUCUCACCAGGGCUCCUUCCGUUAUAACGAUGACAUCGUGUGGUCCUAUGCGGAAGACUUGUCUGAAUCCGUCAUCCAGAAUGCUUUUAUUGAGUUAUCGCAGGUCGAUGUGAGCUUCACGUCGCAAGCUGCAAUCAGCAUUUCCAUGGACAACGUAAAAUACGUAAGCAAGGAAAGGGUGCUGGAGUUAACCCACACAUCCAAUGGUUCUUCUGAGCUUUGUGAGAAAAUGCCGGUAGCCUUGAACCCUGUUUGGGAAUUCAGAAAGGAACACACCAUUAACCGAGCCUUGUUCUUCACAACGGGCAUUGCAAGUUCAAUUCCGGUGCCCUUAGCAGGAAGUAUCCUUUCUCACCAUCAGAUUUUAUGGAAGGAAGCCAAAGUCAAGAAUCCACUGGCAUCCGAGAACAAGUUCUCCUCCUACAAAGGGUCCCCAGAAAUGUGUUGUGCCACCAAAAAGAAUCAAAGCGAAGUGUCCUCACUUAGAAAUAUCUACCUGACCACUGAUUUCACACCAGACAAUGAACGCAAUCCACUUGACCAUCCCGAGGCCGGCAAACUUGCAGAAAUAUCGAGCAUCAAUAACUUUUCUGGAACGAUGGUCGAUAUGAUCGUAUCGGAAGCCUACGAAGCCGUCACUUCUUCCCGGGUUUCUAAAUCAGCAGAGCCGUACACGGGUGUGCUGCAAAUGAAAGAUGCUCCCUGUUUGCAGUGCAUCGGGAAGGACUCCUGCAAGAAUAUGUUUGCUAAUUAUUUGGCCAAACGGAUUGUAAAACAGUCCGUCGACGAAACGAAAUCGGCGUGUUCAGCUACGGGUGAGAAAUUAGCCUACUGUGUUGGGUUGGGAACCCAUGCCAGAAGCGAUAAGAAGGAAUCUCAGGGCGCGGCCAAACAAGGAGAAAAAACGAAGAACAUCCCAGUUAUCGUGGGUCAACAGCAGAUGCCUUUAAACAACAUAUCAAAAUUUCACAUCUCUACCGCUGCUUCUAACCGAUAUUUGAUGUUGGGGUUUAAAGAUGGAGUUCAGGAAACAAAGAACCGGGUGGCUUGCACGCCAUCCACAAGUACAAUCUCUCCUACGGUGACAUUUGUCAAAUCUAAUGAGCAGAUUCCAGAUGUGGAAGACAGUUCAGAGAUACCUAUCAGUAAUCUACUUGAAAAACAGAGCACGUCUAAAGCCACAGGAGGUUCUGCGUUUGGUCACGAAAUGCGUUUUUCGGAAAUAAAUAACUCUUCCGUGGUGCCCACGUGUGAAGAUGCAUUUCAGCUGGAAGAUAAAUUGAAUGUCAGAGACCGAAAUCUUCUCGUGGUACCAGAAACACCGCCCUCCACACCUUUAAUACCUUCUCAGGCAAGUUCGGAGUGGAAUUUAAGGAAAUUAACCAAAAAACUGAAAGGGGAAUUAGCAAAGGAGUUUGCGCCUGCUACACCCCCUUCGACUCCUUACGUAUCGGAAACAGAUGGAAUAUACACUCCAGAAUGUGAAAACUUAGAAAAGGAAGAGUUUAUGUUGAAAUUAAUGCGGUCUCUCUCCGAAGAAGUAGAAAACAAGGAAGUUGAGGAACAGUCCGAAACAUUGUUAGAGCAAAUUCAACCUUCAGGACCGACAAUAGAUUACGCUGAUCAUCUAGCUACUUGUAUCAUCUCCAUGGCAACCGAACAGGCCUCUUCCCGUUUAGAAGAUAAAGCUACUCAGAUGGAGAAGAGGAGAUACUUUCAAGUAAGCAUGGAAGACCAAAGAGGUGGGCAUUCCACAUUUGUUAACGUUCUGGAAAAAACCACCCCCGCUUUGUGCAUUUACGCUGGUGAAAUGGCUGGGAGGGUCAUCCGAGAAGCCAAGAAAAGGCUCAACUCAAGACAUUGUAAACUUCUGAGCCGCCGUCACGUUAAUUACGAGGGCGAUUGCUUUCACCUGAAAAGAAACUAUCAUGAAUCUUGGUCCAAAGACAAAAGGCCGAAGCCAUGUUCUAGAGAACCAGACGGCUGUGUUCUUCCUGUGCCUCUGAAUCCAGAAGCUUCGGGGCUCAACUCCAAAUAUCCCAGCUGCGAAAGCGUGACGGAUGAGUACACCGAUCACAUCAUUCGGGUUUUGAAACAGGAAGGUGGCCACGGGGACCUCAUCAUGGAUAAUUUUGCCAGCAGGCUUGCUUACAAAACGGUGAGGUCUGGAAUGCAGCAAGCCGCCAGGAAACUCCGGGCGAAGCCCAGUAGAAAGGUUGCUGCGGAAAAGAGCUUCAAGCUAAACAGUAAGCUUGAGUUGUUCGAGGCAGCAAACCAGGACUUAGAUCAAAAGAAUCAGAAAAAUGGCAUGAUGCUUCAUCUCGCGAAGCAACCUUGGAGGAGCAGAUGUCCCUUACAUGGGCCUGAACUUUCAAAGUUGCUUGACUUUUCAGAAUCUCUUGCUUGUACGGUCACCUCGGAUGCCAGAAGGGCGUUCAUGUCCACAACGAGUUUACCCAAAUCUUUAACGGAUUCUUGCUUGUACCAACCACCUAGAGACGAUAAAGUCGCCGAUUUCAAAACAAUGUGGAGUCACAGACUGUCUUCUUCCCGUUGUAAGCAAAAGCUGUAUCACAGCACGGAGAGUUUGAGGGACUCUACCUACCAAGGGAACAUUUUACAAGCCGUAGACCGAUAUGCGAAGAAGAUCGUAGAUGAUACUUUAGAAGUGAGUUUAGGAUCAGCUUCUCGGCAAGCUCCUGAAGGCUGGACAAAUGGAGAGAGGUUAACCUAUGAAGAAAAAAUGAUCCCAUUUUCUACAGCUGCCUGCAAACACUGCAGUUUGAAAGAACAUCAAACCUGCAUUGGCGGUUCAUCUCUGGCGCUAGCUGGACGAGAUCUUCCUGUUAGACAGUCGUCAGAUGGGAGUGUAAGCAUCACCUUGCCUAAAUCUCAUGUGCUUCAUUUGGACAUUCCCAAAAUUCAUGUCGAUAUGGAGGAGAAGCUCCUAUUUGCUGAAAACCUUGCACCUGUCACGAUGGAUCGAGCGAGGAGGCAGCUCAGCAACACCAGUUUGACAGCGGAUAGCGGAAUCAGUCAGGAUGGAAUCAGUUUUGCUGAAAGUCUAACCACAGAAAUUAUGACUUCUUGCAUGACAAAUAUUGCUCCAGCCAUCAAUAUAAGCGCCAUGGAAACUGAGGGACCAAAUUUUGCUGAAUCUGUGGUUAGCCAGCAAACUGGAGAUGACAGCACCGGCAGCUGGUCGAACUUGAGUUUUGAUGAUGAACAUCCAGACGAGAGCAGCAGCUAUCUCCACCUCAGCGAUAGUAAUGGUAACAGCAGUAGCUGGAGCAGUCUUGGUUUAGAAGGAGAUUUGUAUGAGGAGAAUUUGUCCUUUUCGACAUCCGACAGUGAUGGAACAGAAGACAAGGAGGAAGAGCUUAAAGAUUCCAUGGAAGAGUUGAGGAAACCCUCCAAAGCCUUGGUCGUUGUGAAUGUGGACGUUGGACCAUGCAUGGUGGAUCCUCAGCUGAGAAUGACACUGCAGUGGCUGAGUGCUUCGGAGGCAGAUGUGCGUGAGCUGCGUUUCCAUGAGGACACACCCGGGGAGUUUGUUCUUCUUUCAAAGACCUUGCAGGAGAAAGGCUGGCGAGUGGGAGACCUUUUCCAGGCAGUUCUGAAAUACUGCGAAGCCAUGGAGAAGUCGGGGACUGAUGGGGAUAGAACCCUGGAAAGCAGAACCCUCUUUGGGUGGCUUCAGGAGAACAUCUGAAUGGCCCGGAAAAGUUUUUCCUUGAAUUCAACUCUUGAAUCUUCCUGGGGAAAAACGAAAAAGAGAGAGAGAAUGUGUGCUAACUAGCAAAUGUAACAUAAUUUGCGUUGUGAGGAGCAUUAAGCAGGAAGUCAAUAUUAAGCGUACUGUACUGUCAAGUGGCUUUGUGAAAUUUUGUGUGCUUUUAAACCCAUGUUUGUUUGUGUGUGUGUGAUCUGAAUGAGGGUCUCCACUUGUUCUGUCCUCAUCGGUUUGCAACUCUCUUCUGUCGCAGCGAUGAGAGUAUCUUUCUAUCUUUGAGUGAGGAUUCCUGCCUAACUAGGACAAGGAAUGACGUAUCAUCUCAGUCUAGGUUCAUGUUUGUGUCUCUGCAAUUUUGUCAUUGCAAUUUUUCCUUGCCUCUUUCCUUGCAACGAGCUGCAGGUCAAAAAUUGGGGUUCAGUGAGUCCAGUGAUGGUCAGCUGCUGCUUUUUUUUUUUUUUUUUCCUCUGAGGGCCUCGGGCCCUACAGAUUUGUCCACUCAUUUCUUUGCUGCUUCUAAUGACUUCAACCAGUGAUGAAGCUGAGGACCAAAUGAGAUCAAAAUUGGGGUAAAGGAAAGGAUCAGGAUCAAAGUGUAGAAGUUAUUCCUUGCCCCAAUCAAAAAAACACAAGUAUUCUUCAUUUCCAAACGAAGGUUGGAAAUCUCAAUAAAGGCCGUAAUUGAAGGCCGUAAUUCUCAAUAUCGAGAACAUGGAUUGUAGAUUUAUGUUCUUCAUCACUUUUAACACGUCAAAAUAUUAGAUACCAAAAUAUUACCCUCCCUCCAGAAUACAUUUUUUUCAUCCAUUCUGUAAAAUACUCUCUUCAUAAAACAAAUAGCCACAGAGAAAAGAACAGAGUAGGCCAGUAGCCAAAAGGUUGAGUCCUCCAGUCCUUGUGCAUCUGGUUUAUAUGAUGAUGUCAGGAAACACAUUUAAUGUUGUUUCUUCAAAACAUUGUCCCCAAACCAAUGUUGUAUGUUUAUAGGCCUUUUUUCUUUCUUUAUGCAACUGCAUUCUGUUAAAUUGAGAAUGCAGUAGAUAAGAAUCAUUGGCAUAAAAUAGUGAUUAUCAGCCUUGGCCACUUGAAGAUGGCGUGGACUUCAACUCACAGCAUAGCUGGCUGGGGAAUUCUGGGAGUUGAAGUCCACGCAUCUUCAAGUGGUUAAGGUUGAAACCCCUGGCAUAAGACAUAAUCUGCAUUACAUAAUCGCUUCCAAGAAAUGAUCACAGAUCCAGGAGAUUCCUCCCUCUUGUAAAAUGGAUCACGCUGAACUAGUUUAUACUGGAGGGAGUAGAAAAGAGGAAGGUACGUCUUCCUGAGGCCAUAUCACUGCAUCAUUCAUGGAGGGGAAACCAACAUUUCAAGCUUGAGAACAUUGCUGUGGAGUUAUUGAUGUUCUCUGGAAAAUAGGCAAUUUCUCCAUCGGCUUCUAGUAAAGGUGAAAAUGAGGCUGGGAUGGGACAACUCGCCACAGCCAAUUUGCUAUGGCCAACUCGCCAUGGCCAACAUGCAACAGGACAAGUCAGCAAUUCAAUUUAAUUAUUUAAAAUAAUUUUAAUUUUUGUCAUUCACAUUCAGUUUGUCUCUCCUUCGGCAUCCUUUCUUCAAUUAUUCUAUUCCACUAUUUCUUCAAUAUUAAUGUAACUCUUGUCCCGUGGCAAGCUGCUGUGGUGAGUUGGCCAUGGUGAAUUGUCGUAGACCCAAAUGAGGAUGCUGCAAAGAAACAGAAGCCCAUGAGCUAAAUAAAUAAACUCUAGUCAACAGAGAAAAAGGGAGUAGCAGAUAGAAGGUAUCUCUGAAGAUUAAGGAGAUCUUCCGGGAUUCUUCACAGUGUUGCAAAGAAGGAAUCCAUACAGAUUCCAGAGGCAGAAAGAGGUUGAAUAGUGUGCCCUAAUCCAGCCUUAACAGAAGGCUCGAAAGUUGAUGGUUGAAGUAGUGAGACCAUUAUGAGUUGUGGUCAACAGGCCUGGAAUGGCUUGGUUCUGCUUUUCUUACUUGACUACUACGGAAUGUGGAAUUUACCUGUCCUUCCAGGAAUAUCAAAAUACAUCUCUGAAUGCUGUUGUUUGCGAUAUACGUUUCAGAUUUCCUCUGUACAGACAGCUGUCUUGUUUAGGAAUUGUAUCAUAUUCUGAAUUGCUCUUAGGUGUGUUUGAGUGUGCGCCUGUGUGAGUGCAAUGGAUGAAAGUCAACGUGAAGAUGUUCCACUGUAAUGAUGACAGGUGGUGGUUAGAAAAUGGACGCAAUUAGAUAAUCGAGAUGUGAAUUUCAAGUUGCACUAAAGUUGUUGUUUUAAGAGUAACCUUAAAAUAAAUUGUAUAUAAGCAGA